AUGUCUGUGCAGUAUCCGACCGCACUCUGCGAGUUUGAUUUCGACGAUAACGACUUUGAUACCAGUGAACCUGAACAACUUGAUGCUCCCGUCGCACCACUUCAGAUUGAGAACUCGAUGCUUGCGCAAGACGACUUCGACUUUGACAUCAACGAUGAUGACCUGCUCACAUUGACAUCCGAGAUUGACGACGCAUGUCCUGACCUUGCAAAUGCUGCUUUGAACCGCUCUGUGCAGCCCGGGGACAGGGACGAUGACAGACUGCGUCACCCUCCCGGCACCUGUGCGGAUGCCCCUAUCAUACUUGAUGGAAGUCCUGACAAGAAGACCUGUCAGCCCGUGUCAAAGCAAUUCACUUCCCCGGUCACUCUCACGACGCGCCUGCAAGCCGCAACUGGCGAUCUAGGUUCAUCGAAGAUACGCAAACCAUUUGUCAGGCCACCAUUUCCAGAGGCUGUCCGUGAUCGCUCACCCAUCAUCGGUCUUUCGUCAAACCUACUGCUCAGGACAUGUUUCCGCAUCGGUGAAGUGAUUAACCAAAGCUGUCAGGCAUCCAAAUCAGGGAAGCACAUCAUGAUUGAGAUGUAUGCCAGAGUGCUUGCUUCUGAGCGGACUAGUACAGAGCAGCAGUUCACCUUCUGCGACCUCUUCCACGCCAAGCCACCUUACAUCAAGGCAGUGUAUAAUGCUGCUAUCUGGAAGUCGGUGCAGCUCUUCGAGUACGACAGCAGAAGACUGUUACAGCAAGGGCGGAUCUGCCGCUGCAUUGGCACCAUGAAGCGCGAGGAUAAGGAAUGGACAAUGACAGUCCUCAACAUCUGGGAAGCAACUUGGGAGGACAUUGAGUGGGUGCAAGGAAUUGUGGACUCUUAG